AUGCGUUGGCCUGGCUGGACUGGACUGGACUGUGCAUCAAGGGUCGAUGCUCUGGCCCAGACGACGACGAGGUUGAGGAGGAGCUUUGGUGUAAUGAACUCUCUUUACAUCGAAAUUCAUGGAAACACGAGGAAAUUCGUCGUUGAGAAACCCUGUGGGAAGGGUAGUUACAUGAAUCCGGGCUCCAUGUCGGCGCAGAUGAACCAGUAUUCUGUCGUUGUCAGCUUCAAUUUUCGCCGUUUCUUCAGACUUGAAAUUUUGUCUGAAUUGACGGAGAAAUUCGUUCCACGGGGCCCGUGGCUUCAUGGAACAUCCACGGUCAAAUAG